UGUGUGUCGUUGAUUUGAAACGCGAGGUAUAUCAAAUACCAAGGUGUAUACACUUAUACACGUACCGGUGGCAUGGUAUCGAUAGAAACAUGAAAGAAUUGUAAAAAUCCUAUAUCAUUCAGUUUAUCUUAAGUAAAUAAGUACUUAAGUAACAUUUGUGCGACUGUGAUAUAUACCAUUAAGUGUAUUAUGUAUAUUUACCGUUUAUAAAUUUUCGUAAAAUUUUUAAAAGCAACGUGAAAAGCGAUCGACGAGGGAUAACCUAAGUUGACAUAUGUGCCAUAUUCGAAAAAAAACAACGUGAAUUAACGAGAUUAAUAGAGAUUUGCAGCGUGUCUAAUAAGUCGUAUACAUAAUCAAUGAAAAUUCUUUGCGUAUGUAAAAACUAUAAUUAAAAUGGCAAGAAGCAAAACACAAGAAAAACACACAAAGAUAAAAGCUAAACUUGUGAAUGCAAGUUCUGCUAAGACAAGUAACAAUUUACCAUUAUCAAUGAAUUCUGCAAUUGGUGUUAUAUGUAUUGCCAUUGCAGUUUGGUUUGUAGCUAAAGGAUAUCUUGAAACAAGAGUAAAUACUCCAUAUAAUGUAGAAAAGCUAGUUACUACAUCUGGUUUGGACAUUCCGGAUAGAUAUUGGGGCACUUAUAGAUCUGGUGUGUAUUUUGGUUUAAAAACAAGAGAUCCGCAUUCUUUGGUGACUGGUUUAAUGUGGUAUUUUCCACGUUCUCUACGAUACGACGGAAACGGAUUCAGACAUUGGUGUGAUCAAGGUGAUAAAUUAAACAGAUAUGCAUGGCUGGAGCAUGACGGACGAACGUUUGGUGUUCAAGAAAUAGUAGAUAAUUCUGUAGUUAUAAAAACAACAUUUGUCAAGAGACCUGGCGGAUACCAUGGUGGUGACUGGACUGCAAGAAUUGCAGUAUUGCCAGAGAAAGAAUACGAUAAAGGGGAAGAAGUAUCGCUGUUAUUUUAUACCGCUAUUGAAGAAAGCACAAGAGGUUGGAUAAAGGCUAAUCUAGGAGAUUAUAAUCGUUUAACGGGAAUAGAGGGAAACACGAAAGGAUUAGGAUCCUUCAUUAUAAACCUGAAUUUAAUAAAUGGUACCAUAGAAGAACAUUCCUUUCUCGCAACAGUCGCGUCUGGUCUAAAUGUAUUAAAAGAAACUGUUUUGCAAAAUCUUCGCAUUGCGACCGAAAAGGGAUCUAUGGAGAAACACGUAGUUUUAGCUGGUGAACAGCUGCUCUUAUUGUCCGACGGCAAGAAAGAGGAUCCAAAUUUCGUAGUUACUCAAGUAACGGGAAGAGCUCCUUUCGAGAUUGAAGUUAGUUACGAAUCUGGCAGCUUCAGUAAUAGAAUAGACAAACUAACGGGGAAAAAUUACGACGAGGCUCUCGAGAAGCAAAGGCAAUUAUUUUCGACAAAAUUUGAAAGUGUUUUCAAAUUAAAAUCCAAAGGAUAUACAGACGACGAAAUAACAUUCGCAAAGAUGGCAUUCUCAAAUCUCGUAGGUUCAAUAGGUUAUUUCUAUGGGACUUCGCAAGUGCAAAGUACGUAUACCCAGGAACCCGUGCCUUAUUGGAAAGCACCUUUGUAUACCGCUGUACCCAGCAGAAGUUUCUUCCCUCGUGGUUUUCUGUGGGACGAAGGUUUUCACGGUUUACUCAUCUCAAUCUGGGACACGGAAAUAGAGUUGGACAUUAUAAGUCAUUGGUUUGAUCUGAUGAAUGUCGAAGGAUGGAUUCCAAGAGAAAUGAUUUUGGGCCAAGAGGCUCUGGCUAAAGUGCCCGAAGAAUUUGUUACUCAGAUCAAUACAAACGCUAAUCCGCCCACGUUCUUCCUAACGCUGGAUUUUAUACUCCAGCAUAAAGAACACGAAUUAUUGAAACAUAAUUUUCAACUGCUCGACAAACUAUAUCCACGCUUGCAGACGUGGUUCUCGUGGUUCAAUGUCACGCAAAUCGGCGAUUUACCCGGCACAUAUAGAUGGCGAGGCAGAGAUGAGACGACUAAUAGAGAAUUAAAUCCCAAAACGCUUACAUCCGGUCUGGAUGAUUACCCUAGGGCUUCGCAUCCGAAUGUGAUCGAGCGUCAUGUCGACUUGCGUUGCUGGAUCGCGUUUGCUGCUCGAGUUAUGGCUAAACUCGCCGAAACGCUGAACUAUUCUACUAACAAAUAUGAAGAAACUUCUCAGUAUCUAUCCGAUAAUAACUUGUUGAACAAACUGCAUUGGUCAUCGAAUACACAAAUGUAUUCCGAUUACGGUUUACAUACCGAUAAAGUAAUUUUACGGAAAUCCGCAUUACCACCUCACAAACAGCGAUCUCAUACGCAAUCUUUGGAAAUGUUACGCGUCGUAUUGGAGGAUCCGUCUUUAAAAUACGUCGAUACAACCUUUGGAUAUGUGUCGCUGUUCCCUUUCAUUCUACAGAUCAUUGACCCUGACUCACCACAGUUGGGGAAAGUACUGCAAGAUCUACGGGAUCCCGAUUUAUUGUGGACCAAAUAUGGAUUGCGCUCACUCGCGAAAACAUCACCGCUAUAUAUGAAAUUCAAUACGGAACAUGACCCGCCUUACUGGCGCGGUCCUAUUUGGAUAAAUCUCAAUUAUUUGACGGUACGGGCCGCGUAUCAUUAUUCUAACGUGAAGGGUUUAUAUCGAGAAAACGCGAGAAAGAUAUAUGAAGAGUUGAGAAAGAAUUUGAUACAAAAUAUUAUUAAGCAAUAUAAAAAAACUGGAUAUUUGUGGGAACAUUAUGACGAUUCCGAUGGGAAAGGCAAAGGAAGUCAUCCCUUUACUGGUUGGACUUCCUUGGUUGUAUUACUUAUGGCAGAAAUAUAUUAAAUGUUUUCUAACGCGAGUGUACGUACAUACAUACACAUAUAUAUUUCAUUUAAAUCUUAUUA